AUGGGUGGGGUUGGACCGUCCGAUGAUGAUCAUAUUCAGAAGAUCGAGGACAAUGACUCCAUGGGCGAAACGGAGUAUAAGACAAACAACAUCGCUGAUAUGAAUGAUGAUAGUAUCGCUGGGAUUGAUCGUGAACUCGAAGCUAUGAAUGUUGGGGAAGAUUCUCCACUUGCAAGUGAGAAGAUGGAGGUUGAAAGACAAUUAGGGUUUGAGCCUGACGAAAAAAAAAAAUUGCCCCAAUUCCAGAUUAAUAGCAAUUCAGAAAACAAUAAAGAUGCUGGCUCCCCUCCACUUACUCCUCGCUCUCCUCCACAUUCACCUGGCAAUAACCACUCAGACUGUGGGUCAAACUCAUAUGUCGGGAGCAACAUUCGACGAGCAAGUGACCUUUUCAUGGCAGUUUCAGUAUCAGCUGAGGUAAACAAGAUGAAAAUCACUGAGCUUGCUGUUGCAGCCAUGGAAGAGUUGACAAAAAUGGCCCUCGGGGGAGAACCCUUAUGGCGGCUCCAAGAAGACGGGAAAACUGAGAUUCUAAAUGAUGUUGAAUACAUGCGGGAAUUCAGGCAUGUUGAUGCCACAUUGAUGGAGAUAAUGAAAAUGGUUGAGGUGGGAAACUCUCAAUGUCUUGCAAGCUUGGACAGCAAUUCUGAAUCCGAGCUUGAAAGUGAAUACAAGCCGUUGCCUCAGGAGCUUGGACCAGAUCCUCUACAUACUGAAGCUUCACGUGAAACUAGUCAUGUUAGAAUAAACCCAGUCAACCUUGUUGAAUUGCUUAUGGAUUUGAAGCAGUGGUCAUUGGUGUUUUCCAAUAUCGUUUCAAAAGCGAUAAUACUUGGAGUUUUAUCAUCACCAGGAGUGGAAGGGAAAUUGGAUGGAACUCUGCAAGUGAUGACAGCGGAAUUUCAUGUCCCUUCACCACUUGUUCCAGUUCGAGAGAGUUACUUUGCAAGAUACUGUAAACUGCUAUCCCCAGGGACUUGGGGAGUCGUUGACGUAUCUUUGGAAAAUUUAUUCCCUUAUCCAUCAAUAAAAUUUCGAAGAAGACCAUCAGGCUGUCUAAUCCAAGAAAUGCCAAAUGGAUGCUCCAAGAUUAUAUGGGUUGAGCAUGUGGAAGUGGACAAUCGAUUGGUGCACAAUAUCUUUCAGCCGCUUGUCAUCUCUGGUUUUGCAUUUAGUGCAAAGCGUUGGGUUAACACUCUAGCUAGACAAUUUGAACGCUUUGCAACUCUAAUGGCUAGAAGCACCCCGACAGAUUCUGGCGUACUAAUACCACAAGCUGGGAGAACAAGUCUGCUGAAGCUGUCUGAGAGAAUGACGAGAACCUUUUGUGUUGAAAUCAGUGCUUCUACAGAAAACAUAUGGAUGCAAUUUCCUUUACCAGGGGCUGAGGAUAUCAGGAUCAUGACUAAAUACAGUACCGUGGAUGAUCCAGGGAAGCCUCCUGGUCCCUCAGUAGCUUUUGCUACUUCGGUCUGGCUUCCAGCCUCGCCAAAGCUUGUCUUCAAUUUCCUUCGUCAUGAGAAUUUUCGAAACAAGUGGGAUAUCCUUUCAUAUGGACACGCCAUCCGAGAACUCGCAUACGUCGUUAAUGGCGAGGAUCCAAGAAACCGCGUUUCUAUAAUGGAAGUGAUUGCUUCGCCAGUGCUAUAUCUACAGGAGAGUUACACCGACUCAACAGGCUCUUACGUGAUUUAUGCCCCAAUGGAUGCGUACGCCUUGUCCAUUGUCUUGAAUGGCGGGAACCCAGACACUGUGGCAAUCUUGCCCUCAGGGUUUGCUAUCCUCCCCGACAGGCCGCCGACAUGGCCGGAAGGAAAGGAAAGCAGUGGAAGUCUUGUUACAGUUUCAUUCCACAUAGUUGAUGGUGCUUCAUCUGAAGAUUUUAUUCCUCCUGAAUCGUUAGACACCAUGCGCCACAUCAUCAUGGAAACUGUCAUCUCCAUUCGGAUGGCUGUGACAUCAAAUAAUAAUCCACCAAAAAACUAG